AAGCAAUCCAGUUAAUAACUACAGCCCAGUGAAUGACGUACUCCUAUACAAGAACUAGAUUCUAGUCCCAAAUGCGUAAUGUUUUGGUUGGAAAUUAAAGAAUCAGAAACAUAAACAUCAAAAAUGACUUGAAUUGAACACAAUCGAGUUGAUUCAAAGACACUGAAUGGAUACAGUUCUUUAAGUAAUGGUGCCCGUCCUUUAAAUAUUUCUUUGACAUUGAUUAAGCAAAAUGCCGAGCGCCAAAAAGAAGGAAUUGAAUUUGGCCAAGAGUGUAGGGGAACUGAAUAAGAUGGCCCAAAUUCAGGAUAAAAUUGGCAAAAAUGCCAACCCCAAACCGUAAGUAUGGGUGUUUAUUAUAGUAUCGAUAUUGUAGGAUUGAAAUGUGUUUUUGUUGAAGAGUUAGAUUUGUAAUAAUGUGAAAUAAAUAUAGAUGUAAGUUACUGUUGUAUGUUUUUGUCGAAAACGUAAAUAUAUGAUGUCAUAUUUUGUAAAACAGCUAUUUGAUUGGUUGGGUAGUAUUAAAGAAUGUUAAAAUAUCAAACUGUUCCUGCCGGUCGCUUGAUUUUUUACUAGAGACAGAUCUUUUGUUUGGUAGUAUGAUUAUAUAUCUGUAACAUCUGUGUUGACACUCGCUGAUAUAAAUGUAUCACCAUCCGGAGUUAACUCGGUCACAGAAUAGAGACAGACAGAAGGUCGACUUCCUGAUUUUGCCUGUGAUUUUGGCGUAACCAGUGGCGGAAAUCUCGGAGGGGCAGGGGGGAAGCACCCCCACCUUCGUGGAAAAUGACAAAUUUUCAGAAAUUUUGACCUAUAGGAGGGCUAAAAACAGCCUAAUUUCAAGUGCAAAUGGGGGGGGGGGUUGUCGGAAAUUUGAAAGUUUUGUCAGAAAUUUAGAAGGCUUCGCCCCCCACCGGAAAAAGUGAAUUUCUGCCUAUGCAGUGUCUACUGUGUCUCCGCUGGUUCGUCUGCAAUUUCAUUUUUAUCGUAUUAAAUUCGUAUUUAAUUCAGGAAAUAGUUUUAAUUCUUUUAAAAACUAUAUUUUCUAGUGAAUUGAAAGAAUUUAUUUAGGAUUUUAUAAAAGCUAUAUACACAUGCGAAGCAAAAUCACGAUAGUCAUCGAGCAUGACAAUAAUUUCGAUAUAUCGUCGCUCAAGUUUCUACCUUCGAUACGAUAAUCGCGAUUGAAAAUAUCGCGAUAAAUCAAAAUAUCGAAAUAUCGCCCAACCCUAAUGAUGAUUUUACCCGGCAAGGCGACAGUGCUGGCACUCGAUGGAUUAGCCCCGUCAUCAUCUAACUAUCAAUCUGAUUACUCUGCACUAAAACUGCAAUCUUUCAAGAGUAAUACAUGUAAAAUGUUUAUUUUUCCAAGAUUCAUAUAAUCCAGACUACAAGUAUUUAAGUGCUCAUUUCAAUGAAGAACAGUGCUCCAUUACAGGCAUCUUAAACAACAUGAAAUAGUCCAAUGUAUACUGUAUAUGCCCAGUUGGUUUUUCUAAUAUAUCUGUUGAGACCCCAUCAAGUUUGAGGCAGCAGUUUCAGUUGGUGUUGCUGUUUUGUUUUAAAAUGCAUGCAUUUGUUUUCACGUAAUGGGCCGCCGGUCCAUUACGGGAAAAUAAUGGACCCCUGAAAGUGCUUCUCAGCCAAUCACAGUCCGCCAUUUCACCGGAAGUGAUGCUUGCCAUAUAAUAAUUCCCCUAAAAUUUAAACAUGCUAGAUGGAUAAACUCGGCAGAAAAAGUUUACAAAAAAGCUGUGGAUGAUGACGUGAUAGGAGAUGAAGAAAAUGCGUUUGUGUUGUACAUGAGGUUUUUCAACAUCAUGCAAGAAGUGACAAAGACAACAAAAUAUCAAGCAGAUAAGGUAGCAAACUAAUGUCCAUUUUAUGCCCCCUCCAUUGUUAUCAAACUUUAAGGCUUACCAGCUGACCAACAUAGUCUAAUUACCCUCCAUAAAGCAUUGCUGUGGUCAGGGGCGUAGGAAGCAUGAAAAAGUUGGGGGGGGGCAGUUUUGAGGGGCACUUUUCGAAAGAAAAGGGCACCUAAAGAGGGGGGGAGGGCAACUCAAAAAAUUUUCAGGACAUAUCAUUAUCUUCACAAACAUACAAAAACUUUUCCGGACAUAUCAUUUUUUCCAAAAAUAACAAAAAAUUUUCCGGACAUACCAAAAUAAAUGCAAUCAUAAAUCAAAGGCCAUCAAGGCAAAAAUGUAAUCUGAACGACAUUUUUCAUGAUGUCAGAAGGGCAUUUUGCUACCGGAAAAAGGGCACUUUUCAAAACUUGGGGGCCCUUGCCCCCCCCCCCCAGUUCCUACACCCCUGGCUGUGGUUUGUGCAGGGUUUGAACACAUUUGCACUAGGGGUGCACCGGAAUCAAUUUUUAAAGUUCUGGCUAGAACCGGAUCUGCCCGGAACUGAUUCAUUAAGUGAUAUAUGGUCAUAUGUUACUUUGUCUGCUGCCAGACAGCCAGACACUUUCAGUCAUCAAGGAGAGAGCUCACAAAUGUUAGAAUAAAAAGAUUUACUAACGUUAAACAUCAUAAUGAAGUGUUAAUAGUGUACAUUUUUCUUGUGUAGUUCAAAUUUCUUCCAGUAUGUUAUUCAAUAAAUAAACUUGAUAUUCUAUUUCACUGAAAACGACAGAGUUCCGGUUCCGGGCAUUUUUUUUUUUUCAGAGUUCCGGCCGGAACCGGAACUCUGAAAAAUCAGGGUUCUAACCGGCUGUGAACCGAGUUCUGGUACACUCCUAAUUUGCACAUCAUUUUUUCUCAACUAAUUCAAGUGGGACCAGGGUAUGCAUCUGAACUACUGUACCUGAAAAAAAAAACUUUGUUCUAUUAAAUUUUUUCAUGUAAUUCAGACACACAGUCACAAACCACAGUAGCAUAUUGUAUAUUUGUACCAGUACACCGGACCCCUACAUAUUUGAGAUAUCACCACAUGUUAUUGAUUAAAUAUCUCAAUUUUGGGUAUUUUCUGCAAUAACCCAAUCUUUUUUCUUCAGAAAUACUACAGCAGUAUCAUUGGUAGAACAGCUUUAAAUAAAGCAAUUGAAAGAGCUGAAAAGUUAUCAGAAAGUCUCCGAGAAAGGUAGGAUAAAAUCCAGAUAAUUACUGCAAUUCAUGUUGAUUGGAAAAGGUAUAUAUCUGAGCAUAUGCCAUUGAUGGAUCAAUAAUUGACAAAUGAAACAGGGCUCGAAAAAGCAGGGUACCAAUGGCCAAAUGCAGGCCAGAUUUUAGAAAUGGCAGGCAAAAACAAAUUUGAACUGCCACAUAAAAAAAAAAUGCCCGUUGAAAUUCUAUUUCAUUUGCUUACCACAACUCAUUAUAUAGUCGAUCAUUUAGUUGACUAAAUACAUUUAUAUUUGAAAUGCAAAUCCAAUUCUACUGCAGUAAAAUAGACAAUUUUAAAAAUAAUAAAAAUGCAUAUCAUGAAAACACUGAGGUAGGUUAUAAAUAAGAUUCUAAAUUUUGAAGUUUAUACAUAUAAAAAUUGAGCAACUUUAGAGCAACUUUAAAUGUAUUAAAAAUAUCAACUAAAGUAUGAAAUAUGUUAGGUCUGAACCCCCCCCCCCUGUCUCCAACAUUUCUGGUGUGUGUGUGGAAAUUAGCCCCCCCCCCCAAAAAAAAAAAACAAAAAAAAAAAACCUGUUCCACUGCCCUAUAGUUUAUUAUAAUUGCAAAGUUCACAAUCCGUGGGGUGCCUCAGGGUGCAUUGCCACAUAAAGGGUUAAGUAUAAUGUAUCAUUAUCUUACGUUUUUAGAUACAAAAAGCUUGAAGAAGAAACAAAAGCGGCAGCCAUUGAAAACGAUAGAAAAGCCAAAGAGAAAGGUAAAUUCAGAAGGAAUGAAAAACUUAUUGUGUGUUUAAAUUAAUAGAACUAUUAAAAAUUAACGUAUUUAUAAUGAGUAUUUUUUAGCAACAAAUUGUCAAAUACUUCAAUAUUUGUCAAAACUUCAUUAAUCAAAAAGCGAUUAGGUGGCCUCAAAAAUGGCUUCAAAAUUAUGUAAUGAGUUCAAAAUACCAACAAAUACUAAGACAUUUAUUGUAUGGUUCUCAUUUGCUUAAUACCAUAACAUAAUGCAAGUAGUAAUACAAAUCAGUUAAUAAAUCAACUUACUUGCAUUACUAAUGCCUGUCUCGUAUUACAAUGAGUUUCUCAUAUUACACCACAAAGCUUUUCGCGCGGAUUAUAUUUCGUGCAGUACUAAAAUUCGCGCACCCAGCGCUGCGCGAAUUCUAGUACUGCGCGAAUUUUAAUACAAGAAGGUAUUAACUUUAAACAUUGGCAUUGAAUGUGUUUUUUUUUUAGAGAAAAGUGAAACGGCUAAUACGAAAAAUGUGAGGUAUAAUGUACUACAUUGUCGGUAUUUGAUAGUACUGUAGUUUCUGUCAUGCUUACUUUCAGUGACAAUUUUGCAACUAAAUAUUUUCAAUUGUUAAUUUUUGUAGCAAUACAUUACAAGAUAUUGAUGAUUUGCUAAAUGGGAAAAAGACAUCGUCGCAAACAUCAGCAGAUGUGUACAAAAAGUUACAUGUGAGUUGUACAGUAAUGAUAUACAUGCAGUUGUGAUUUUGCUGUUAAUUAUAUCUUAGUAAUCGAUUCCUUGUGUUGACUAAUAAUUGUUACUUGCAAUUUUAUUGUUUGUACUAAAUAAUGCAAUUGUGGCUUUAUCAUUGUGUAUUUCGUGUUUUAGAUAAAUCAUUCUUCAAUAUUAUCACCCAUUGAUAAAAAGUCAGAUGAAAAAGGUAUAUGUAAACUAAAGACGCGUACAGUACACUAGAUUUAUUUCAUUUGAAAGUACCUGGCAAUGAAGAGAGAUCAAAUUCUGAAAACUUGGUCGAAACCCAUGUUUUGGUCGAACAUGGUUAUACACUGAUCAUUUAACCCAUUGAGUUCCUCCUAUAAGUAAAAUUCGGAACUACAGCUUUUUGGUAGGGCGUGCCAGCCCGAAUCAUGGCGUUUCUGGGGCAAAUCUC